CCACUGACGCCCGGCGCGCCCUCCUCCCCCGGCAGCAGCGGCCAAGGCGCGGGGAAGCGGCGGUGGCGGCGGCGGCGGCCCGAACCCAGCCCCAUGGCGUGGGGGGACGCCGGCAGCGGCCCCGGGCUCCUCGCGCUGACCUUCUGCCUGCUAGCCGUGCGCGGGGAGCUGCUGUUGCCCCAGGAGACGACUGUGGAGCUGAGCUGUGGCGUGGGGCCACUGCAAGUGAUCCUGGGCCCAGAGCAGGCUACAGUGCUGAACUGUAGCCUGGCUGCUGCUGCCGCCGGACACCCCAAUAGGGUGAUCUGGAUCAAGGAUGGGGACACCCUGCUGGAGCACGAUCACCUACGCCUGCUGCCCAAUGGUUCCCUGUGGCUGUCCCAGCCACUAGCACCCAAUGGCAGUGACGAGGCAGUCCCCAAGGCUGUGGGGGUCAUCGAAGGCAGCUAUUCGUGCUUCGUCCAUGGCCCCCUCGGAGUGCUGGCCAGCCAGGCUACUGUCGUCAAGCUCGCCACACUCGAAGACUUCUCUCUGCACCCGGAGUCUCAGACGGUGGAGGAGAAUGGGACAGCUCGCUUCAAGUGCCACAUUGAAGGGCUGCCGGCUCCCAUCAUUACUUGGGAGAAGAACCAGGUGACAUUGCCUGAAGAGCCUCGGCUCCUCACGCUUCCCAAUGGCGUCCUUCAGAUCCUGGAUGUUCAGAAGGGUGAUGCGGGCUCCUACCGCUGUGUGGCCACCAACUCAGCUCGCCAGCGCUUCAGCCAGGACGCCUUACUCAGUGUGGCCCACAGAGGGUCCCUGGCAUCCACCACGGGGCAGAGCGUGGUCAUCGUGGCAGCCCCAGAGAACACCACAGUGGUGUCUGGCCAGAUUGCAGUGAUGGAAUGCGUGGUCUCAGGUGACCCCACCCCUCUUGUGUCCUGGGUCCGAAAAGACGGGAAGCCCAUCUCCGCGGAUGUCGUCGUCCUGGGCCGCACCAACCUCCUAAUCGCCCACGCGCAGCCCCAACACUCUGGCAUCUACAUCUGCCGGGCGAACAAGCCUCUCAGGCGCGACUUCGCCACUGCCUCCGCCGAGCUCCGCGUGCUGGCGGCUCCCGCCAUCUCGCAGGCGCCCGAGGGGCUGUCGCGGACGCGGGCGAGCACAGCGCGCUUCGUGUGCCGCGCGUCGGGGGAUCCGCGGCCGGCGCUACGCUGGCUGCACGACGGGGCGCCGCUGCGGCCCAACGGGCGCGUCAAGGUCCAGGGCGGCGGCGGCAGCCUGAUCAUCACACAGAUCGGCCUGCAGGACGCCGGCUACUACCAGUGCGUGGCCGAGAACAGCGCGGGAACGGCGUGCGCUGCCGCGUCGCUGGUCGUGGUGGUGCGCGAGGGGCUGCCCAGCGCCCCCACGCGGGUCACGGUCACGCCACUGAGCAGCUCCGCUGUGUUGGUGGCCUGGGAGCGGCCCGAGCUGUACAGCGAGCAGAUCAUCGGCUUCUCUCUCCACUAUCAGAAGGCUCGGGGCAUGCACAAUGUGGAAUACCAGUUUGCAGUGAACAACGACACCACGGAACUACAGGUUCGGGACCUGGAACCCAACACAGAUUAUGAGUUCUACGUGGUGGCCUACUCCCAGCUGGGGGCCAGCCGCACCUCCGCCCCAGCACUGGUGCACACGCUGGAUGAUGUCCCCAGUGCAGCACCCCAGCUCUCCCUGUCCAGCCCCAACCCCUCGGACAUCACGGUGGCGUGGCUGCCCCUGCCCCCAAGCCUGAGCAAUGGGCAGGUGGUGAAGUACAAGAUAGAAUAUGGUUUGGGAAAGGAAGAUCAGAUUUUCUCCACCGAGGUGCCAGGAAAUGAGACACAGCUUACGCUGAACUCACUUCAGCCAAACAAGGUGUAUCGAGUACGGAUUUCGGCUGGUACCGCGGCCGGCUUCGGGGCUGCCUCCCAGUGGCUGCAGCAUAGGACGCCCAACAUGCCCAUCCAAAGGGGGCCACCCUUGCCCCCAGCCCACGUCCAUGCGGAAUCAAACAGCUCCACAUCCAUCUGGCUUUGGUGGAAAAAGCCAGACUUCACCACAGUCAAGAUUGUCAACUACACUGUGCGCUUCAGCCCCUGGGGGCUCAGGAAUGCCUCCCUGGUCACCUAUUACACCAGGUCCCUGGGUAGAGGUAGUGGCUUGCAGGCCAGGGAGCGUCUUCUCUUCCCAGGUUCUGGAGAAGACAUCCUCAUUGGUGGCUUGAAGCCAUUCACCAAAUACGAGUUUGCAGUGCAGUCUCACGGCGUGGACGUGGACGGGCCUUUCGGCUCUGUGAUGGAGCUCUCCACCCUGCCUGACCGGCCCUCCACACCCCCAUCCGACCUGCAACUGAGCCCCCUGACACCGUCCACUGUUCGGCUGCGCUGGUGCCCCCCCACAGAGCCCAACGGGGAGAUCGUGGAGUAUCUGAUCCUGUACAGCAACAACCAGACGCGGCCUGAUCACCAGUGGACCCUGCUCACCACAGAGGGAAACAUCUUCAGUGCUGAGGUACAUGGCCUGGAGAGCGACACUCGGUACUUCUUCAAGAUGGGGGCGCGCACAGAGGUGGGGCCUGGGCCUUUCUCCCGCCUGCAGGAUGUGAUCACGCUCCAGGAGAAGCUGUCAGACUCGCUGGACAUGCACUCAGUCACGGGCAUCAUCGUGGGUGUCUGCCUGGGCCUCCUCUGCCUCCUGGCCUGCAUGUGUGCUGGCCUGCGCCGCAGCCCCCACAGGGAAUCCCUCCCAGGCCUGUCCUCCACCACCACCACUGGGAACCCCACGUUGUACACCAGAGCUCGGCUUGGCCCCCCCAGUCCCCCAGGGGCCCAUGAACUGGAGUCCCUUGUGCACCCCCAUCUUCAGGACUGGUCCCCGCCACCCUCAGAUGUGGAGGACAGGGCUGAAGUCCACAGCCUUAUGGGUGGUGGUGUUUCUGACUGCCAGGAUCACUCCAAGAGAAAGAUCUCUUGGGCUCCGCCAAUCGGGCCGAGCUGGGCAGCUUCCUGGGCGGGCUGUGAGCUGCCCCAGGCAGGCCCCCGGCCAGCUCUGACCCGGGCUCUGCUGCCUCCUGCUGGAACUGGGCAGACGCUGUUGCUGCAGGCUCUGGUGUAUGAAGCCAUCAAGGGCAAUGGGAGGAAGAAGUCACCCCCCACCUGCAAGAACCAGGUGGAGGCCGAAGUCAUCGUCCACUCUGACUUUAGUGCAUCUAAGGAGAACCCUGACCUCCAUCUCCAAGACCUGGAGCCUGAGGACCCCCUGCGUCCGGAGGCUCCUGAUCUCAUCUCAGGUGUUGGGGAUCCAGGGCAGGGGGCAGCCUGGCUGGAUAGGGAGCUGGGAGGGUAUGUGCUGGCAGCCCCCGGGCCAGACAGACUUACCUGCUUGCCAGAGGCUUCCUGCUCCUACCCAGACCUCCAGCCAGGCAAGGUGCUGGAGAUCCCUGAAGACAGCUGCCAGCUCAAAGUCCCCUGCCCUCUAGGAGCCAGCCCAGGCCUGCCCGGAUCCCCAGUUUCCUCCUCUGCCUAGCUCCUCUCAGAGGGUUGGUUUUGGGCAGGCAGGUAUGGAUCACACAGGAUUCGACACCUGAGGCCAUGCAUAUCCACAUGGGUGCCUGUAGAUACAUCCUCAAGCCCUUUGGAGCUUCCUAAGGUGCUUUGGCUGGGAGGGGAGAGGAAGAAAUGGAUUAUUUACUCUCCUCAUACUCUUUGUGAUACACAUGUGACAUGUGAGAGACAUAUGAGACACAGCUACAUGUGAUUUGCACAUAUGUGAAGCGCACGUGUGUGGACUGGUUGGUGAGCUGGGAAGCCAUAGCCCAGGCAGUAGUCACUACAGCCUGAUUGGUCCUCCAGGUCAGGAUGGUGACCCAGACUGGUCACUCCCCAGCCCUGUGGGCCCCCACCUCCAUCACCCAGCCCUUUAUUACACACUCUGAGAGUGUCUCCAGUGCCUGUCUGACAAAGACAGUCCCAGCCCGUUUUCCUGUCUGGCUGGGUUGAGUGCAAGUAGGCUCUGACUACCCAGCAUUUUAGUUGCAUCACCUCCCAGCUCUUUAUUACCCCAAUUGAGAGGAUGACCCUGGCUCCCCUCUGAGCAACUCCGCAUUGAAUUUUCUAAUUUGGGAAGUGCCUGGUUUGGAAAAUCGGCUUUCUGCCGCUCUGCCCCUCCUUCCUUGCCGCUGACUGCUCUAGCGGUCUGUCCCCAGUCACCUCGUUCUCCCACCGCCAGUGCCCUUCUGCUCCCGGAUACUCUUCCCUUUUCUCUCUCCUGUUUUCCUUCCUCUGCCGUCUCUCGCGCCUCUUCCCAGACUGCAUCAUCUGGUUCUCCUGCCUGGGUUCAAACUGUGCAUCCUUCUCUAACAACAUGACUACCUCAUGUCUGCUUUAGGCCCUCGCGCGGACGCGCGUGUCCACGCUGCGGGCCACUCCCCUGCCAUCCUCCGGCCUCCUCUUCACUCAGUGCUUCUGCUUGCCCCGCCCCAGGUAGCCCGCCCGCGCCCAGUGCGGGUGCGGAGAAGACCUCCCGGCUUCCCGCGUCUUUCCCGCUCCUCUGCAUGUUUCUCCUUGGGACUGGGAUCCGAGGGUUCUCCUUGGAUGGAUCCAGUUCAUAGAGGAGAAUGUUUGAAACAGGGAAGGGGACUGUGACCCAGAGGCUCAGAAUAAAAAUAUGCCCUCCCUUCUAUGCAGGGGGGCAAGUUUACUGGAUGGAGAUGAUUCAGGGCCUUUCUGCCAGCAGAAGCUAAAGGAGGAGAAGGAGUGAGAGUUCAGCGAGGCCCUUCCCACCCUGUGACUUGAUCUGGGUUGGGGAUGAGAGGAAUCUCACCCUCUGGGGUGCUGGCAGGGAGGUCUUUGCACAGGAAAAGGGUUAGCUCAUUUCUGUUUGUUUUUCUUUAAAUUGAAUCCUCAAAUCAUGUUCUGUUUACCGGCUGCAAAGGGACGAGCUUGACUUCUAUUUUCUGUGUAGUGAAAACAAUGUCAUUUAUUUUGUUUUUCACCUCAGCCCUCUCAUAGGAGCAUAGAUGUCAAGGUCUUUACUCCCUAAUGGUGUCGGAUGGGUGCAUCAAGAGUUAACUCUGGCUUCUGGGCCAAAUUCGAAAUAACCAGUCCAUUUUUCCUUUUUUUUUUUUUUUUUUUUUAAUGGUGAAAUGUCUCUCAACACAGUUGUGGCUGCCUCAAACCCUGAAAGCAUCUGUGUUUAUUACACCCGGGUGUCACUCACUGUUGAUGUCUGCACCUACAUUUCCACCUCCUCCCCCUCCUUCAGCCAGCCUACGAUAACACUAAAGAUUAUUAAUGUCGGUUUUGUAUCUCGUUAAAAACAGAAUUGUCACUUGCACUAUUUCUGUAGCGUUCAGCACCGCACUGCUGUGGCUAACACCACUGUGUAUGUUUCAUCAUCGCUCUGAAGGUCAAAAGCCUCAUUUUAUUUUGCUGGUUUGAUUUUUUUUUUUUAAAGAAGAAAAAAAAACUGCCCUGAAUUAAAUGGCUAUUUUAACAGUAGGCUCUUAGCAUUAUACCACAGUCAUUUUUCAUGUUCUUGUUUAACAGGCACUGAGGUUCUGGUUUAAAUUAAAUAGCUGCAAAUGAGACAAUUUAUAACCCAUUAGGUUGGGUGGAAAAUUGUUUCUCAAAAGCAAAUAAGUAAUAAAUCUGGUAUCUGCCUAUAACUCACAGUUGAUAAGAAAGUGGCCAUUUCUCACUAGCAUUAUGUAUGAUUUGGGCUCUGGGUAAUUUGGAAGUGUUAGGUUUGUGUCUUUGUAGCAAUAUUUUUAUUAGAAAAGAAUCUAUUGGCCUUUUACAGGGUAUUAAUCCCUUUGUCACCUACCAUUGAUGCCUUAAGUUUUUUGAGUCUCAAUUAAAAAUCUUCCUUUUUUUGAUGCAUGACAAGUGUCAUCAGUACCUGCUCAUUUAUUUGUCUGUAUUUAGUUUAUGCUGUACUAUUCAGUUAUCCUUCCAGCAUUUUCUUUUUCUCUUUACAAAUAUGAUAUUCUUUAGUGUUAAGCUAAGGCAUUUAUUCAUGUAUCUGUCUUUAUAAUUAAUUAAUAAACUAUUUUCCAGAAA